AUGCAGCGUCGUAUGCUCACCAAAGAGGAGGAAGCCGCGGCGGGCGGCGAGGAUAUGGAAGUUCGUCGUGAAGACCAAGAAAAGAUCAACAAAUUCAGUUCUCUGCAUCAGAAAGAGACAUUGUUAGAAGAAGAGCUCCAGGCGAAGAUCAAGGAGAAGGAAGAUCUUGAAGAGAUCUCGACAGAACUCGAACUUGUAGACGAGGAGGAGAAAGUCCCAUACAAGGUUGGUGACUGCUUCGUCUCGUUGCCACAGCCACAGGUUCUGGAGCUCCUCGAAAGCUCAACACAGACCAUUGACGAAGAGGUGGAAGCGUUGAAGUCAAAGCUUGAGUCCGUCCAGGAAGAUAUGGGAGAGCUAAAAAAGGUCUUGUAUGGCCGCUUUGGGCGGAGCAUCAACCUCGAGACUUAA